UUAGCGGCCGAAUUUGACAUUGCCAAAAUUUCGCCUCGCCAGAACCUCACGCCGGAUACUAUCACAGCCAACCAGCCCGUCGACUAACCCGCAGUCAAGAUGGUUUCCGCCAAGCAGCACGUCCCCAUCGUGAAGAAGCGCACGAAGCGCUUCGCCCGUCACCAGAGUGAUCGGUUCAAGUGCGUGGACCCUAGCUGGCGCAAGCCCAAGGGUAUCGAUUCCCGAGUCCGACGACGAUUCCGCGGUGCCAUUUCCAUGCCCAAGAUCGGCUAUGGCUCCAACAAGAAGACCAAGUUCCUGACCCCCUCCGGCCACAAGGCUUUCCUUGUCAGCAACCUCAAGGACGUCGAGCUUCUCCUCAUGCACAACCGCACCUUCGCCGCCGAGAUUGCCCACAACGUCUCCUCGAGAAAGCGAAUUGACAUCAUUGCCCGCGCGAAGCAAUUAGGUGUCAAGGUCACGAACCCCAAGGCGAAGGUCACGACCGAGGUGUAAAAGGGUUUGGGUCGGUUUUGGGCUGCUUUACGGUUGCAUCGGAAAGGGUUUGCGUUGCUUGCGGUUCUGGCAUGUACACUCGUGCUAGAGAAUAUAACGCACCGUUGAACGACACAUGACUGGGCUUCAAUUGCCAAUAAGACAUCACGGUGCAGCCACAUGAACCAGUGAGGGCGCUGAGGAGGUUUGAUGAUGACCUGGUGUUUACGGACGAGGCAAGGAAAUAGUUGAAAACCCCAAAUUAGGGUCCCCACCCAAGGUUCAUGCCAA